AUGCACGCCGUUGCAUCACGCUUUGCUGUUUUGGCCGAACUCGCAAUUCUUUGCGAGUUCAUCGAAACCGGUAAGCGUGAGGCAAGGGCGUGCAUAUCAGGAUACCAGGGUCCAGAGCUCGACGUGUGCAAUCAGGGCCAAGAUUUGGAGCUAGCCUGCUUGGCUUCAUCCGCACACUAUAUUGGCGUGAAUGGGCGUGUGGGCUGGGGUGGAUUUGAGUGGAUAAGGAGGGAGAAUGAGCUGCAGCAAAUGGACAUCGCACGGCGACGCUUUACUUCUUUAGACGAACUCGCAAAAGCUUACGAGUUCGGUAGAAUCAGGAGGCGUGAGGCCCAUCGAGUCCGAACAGGGGUUCAGGGUGCCUAUUGGGGCUGUGAAUCCGAGCUAGCCUGUUUUGUCAAACUCGCAAACUUUGACGAGGUCGCUCAACUUGCCAUUGACAGGUCGCCGUUCCGACGCCCUCGUUCAAGAGACAUUCUCCCAUACCCGCGGACGAUGUGGGUCUCUCUUCCGCGGUCCCAAGAGCUCCCUCCGCCGAAGUCGACUCCGCCCUCCGGCAAUUACAACCCGACGCUCCUCGAAAGUAGCCCCGAAUCGAGCGCAUCCCCUGCCUUGUCUGCCUUGAGACAAGAAAGUAAAAAAUGGCAAGACUCACCCGAGGAAUUCUUCGCAGCUGUACCAGAUAGUGUAACCAAGUACGACCGCAACAGCCCGGUGGACUUCAUACGAGGGACGAUCGCGUUCAGGAUUCGAGCUGGAGAGUUCUUUCGGUGUCGAAAGACAUGGGGAUACCGCGGGCUAAGCGCCUUCAAGGCUCACGUGGCUGGACACCGGGAGGACUACGGACAUGAUUCUUCAAGGACAUGCCGCCGGUACCAUCGUGGCGAGCUGUCUGAUAAUUACAGAUGCAACGUCAGCUCCCUCAUUCUCACGGGCAAGGACAACUCAUUAACUAUGAACAGUUUUCGCAUUGUCCCUCAAGGAAAAGAACAUGAUAAGCACAGGGAGUUUUUCAAACAGCUUGAUGCGGCAGAAGUCAAACAAUAUGCGGAAGAAUUUGCAGCCCUUGAAGAAGCGUUGAGGGACUACAUCAUCAAAGGCUAUAGCUGUCUAGAAAACAUUCGCCUGCACCGCACUUCAGGCCGUCCCCGCCCAUGGGGGGCCCGUCACAACCAUUCAUGGAAUACUUUACUUCCUGAUGAGCCACAUCAAGUUGUCUUCGACAGCUUGGCCAAAGACCUUCCGCUCCAGAACACAGAUCGAAGCGAUCCCGUUGACGGGCAGUCGGCCUUGGUCGAUCAACAGCCACCUGCUUGCGCGAUAGCCCAGUCAGAUGAGCGUGCCAGAAUGCUUUACAACACUCAAAUAUCUGAACAAUCGCCAACCCAACAGUCUUCAUCGUCCUACGUUCACCACCCCACCACUCCUCACCAAUACAGCGAAAGCACAGCGGAAAUGUCAUCGCAUCCGGCAUACAUGGUGCAGCUCUGGCCCUCGACCAACACGAUCCCGACGGCUCCAGACAAUAUCGGUCAUUUGCCUCAACAGGACUUCGCCACACAAGCCGUGACGAGCACUCCGCUUCCUGCACACAAUAUCUGUCUGGCGGGUUCCCAGCGCUGCUCGAUGGGCUCCUUGCCUACAGAUCCGGACAGGAUGCAGAUUCAUCUGGCGGAACAGAUCACCGCGAGUCCUCACAUGGCUGGGUAUGAACAGUACCAGCCUCAAGCAUCGUUGUCGAUGUUUGGCAGACCUGCUCACGAUUCCUCCCACCUCAGGAUGAAUGUUCACCGGCAGUUUGUUGCAGAAGUUCCUUGGGGACACGCCGAGAAUCUUGAUUCUCGAGAUAGCUAUCAUCCACAUGCCAUAAUUCCAAACACGACCAUGACGGACCUAAGCCGGCUUCAUCCGCAACUCCAGGGUCCAGGAUUCGGCACCGGCAGCGCACUGUCUGGCGUGAACGAAAGGGCCAUGAUGAACCGCACAGUGGCAUUUGCGGAGCCUGAGACACGUUUCUUGCAUGGGAAACUAGGAGGAAACAGCCAGGAAAUUGAAGUUGCCUCAAUGAUGUGUACAACGAAUAUGGCAUCUUUGGGGGACAUAAGACAGCGCAUACAAUAUUAG